ACCUGACCCUCCCAGCUAGUAGAUCUGUCAUCGAGUCCUAGGAGUUGUCGACCGAUCUCGCCUCCCCGCCGCAUCCAUUGAUCCCUCGUCCGUCCGUCUUGUUUCCUCUCGCCGUUCUCGCCUGGCUUUCCAAUCGCGCGCUGCACAGCGGAUGGAGUGCGCCGACAUCCUGAUCGCCGUGGGCCGCCGGUCAACGUCGCCUUCCCCGUCCUCCUCGUGGCAGCCGGGGAGGCAAUGGCGCAAGGCGCUGACCGUCAUCCGGACGUGCCACAGGCUGGCGCGGCUCGGCAUUCUGUCCGCCGGCGUCCUGCCACGGAGCACCGCCUUCUACCUCGCCAUCAAGAUCCACCACGACGGCAGUGACUCCGAUGCCGCCGACACCGCCGCAUUCUCUGUCGCCGCCGAUGACGAGCUUUUCAAGGGCCUGGUCAAGGAGAAGCGCGAAGACUGCUUCCGCCGCCUCGGGGGCGGCGCUGGCAUCGCGGCAGCGCUGGCGUCCGACGCCGAGCGCGGCAUCCGAGGCGACGCCGACGACGUGCGGCGCCGCAGGGAGUCGUUCGGCGGGAACACCUACCCCAAGCCAAAGCCCAAAAGCUUCUUCAGCCACGUCUGGGACGCGCUCAAGGACGUCUUCCUCAUCGUGCUCCUCGUCUGCGCCGUCGUCUCCCUCGGCUUCGGCAUCAAGGAGCACGGCCUCAAGGACGGCUGGUACGACGGUGUAAGUAUCUUCCUCGCGGUCUUCCUCGUCGCUGCCGUGUCCGCCGUCAGUAACCACAGCCAGGCCAAGCGGUUUGACAAGCUGGCCAGUGAGUCCGACAAUAUCGCCGUAACCGUAGUCCGCGCCGGCCGGAGGCAGGAGGUCUCCAUAUUCGAUAUCCUCGUCGGCGACGUGGUGAUACUCAAGAUCGGCGACUCGGUGCCAGCGGACGGGGUGUUCCUGGAGGGUCACGGCCUGCAGGUGGACGAGUCGAGCAUGACGGGCGAGCCCCACCCGAUCGAGAUCGAUGCCGAGAAGAGUCCCUUUCUCACCGGCGGCGUGAAGAUCGUCGACGGCUACGGCCGGAUGCUCGUGACCGCCGUCGGCACCGACACCUUGUGGGGCGAGAUGAUGAGCAGCAUAACCAAGGAGACCGCCGAGCCAACGCCGCUCCAGGAGCGCCUCGAGCGCCUCACCUCAAGCAUUGGCAAGAUCGGCGUCGCCGCCGCGGUGCUCGUGUUCACCGUGCUCACCGCGCGCCACUUCACCGGCAGCACCAAGGACGACCAAGGGAAGCCGCUGUUCAACAAGGGCCACGUCACCUUCGACGCCGUGUUCAGUUCCCUCGUCGUCAUCUUCCAGCAGGCCGUCACCAUCAUCGUCGUCGCCAUCCCCGAGGGCCUCCCGCUGGCGGUGACGCUCACGCUCGCCUUCUCCAUGAAGAGGAUGGUGAAGGAGAACGCGCUGGUGCGCCGCCUCUCGGCGUGCGAGACAAUGGGGUCGGUCACAGCCAUCUGCACCGACAAGACCGGCACGCUGACGCUCAACCAGAUGAAGGUGACCGAGUUUUGGGUCGGCACUGACCAGCCCAGAGGUGCCACGGCGAUCGCCGGGAGCGUCGUCACCUUGCUCUGCCAGGGAGCUGGGCUCAACACCACGGGAAGCGUUUACAAGCCGGACAACGUGUCGCCGCCGGAGAUCACAGGCAGCCCGACGGAGAAGGCGCUGCUGUCGUGGGCCGUAGCGGACCUCGGCAUGGACGCCGACGCGCUGAAGAGGAGCUGCAAGGUGCUGCACGUUGAGGCCUUCAAUUCGGACAAGAAGCGCAGCGGCGUGAUGAUCAGGGACAACGCUACCGGCGCGGUGGUCGCGCACUGGAAAGGCGCCGCGGAGAUGGUGCUGACGAACUGUUCGAUGUACGUGGACACGGACGGAGCGGCGCGCGAGCUCGGAGUGGAGCAGAGGAGGAACCUUGAGAAGGUGAUCAACGACAUGGCCGUCUGCAGCCUCCGGUGCAUCGCCUUCGCCUACAAGCAAGUCGACGGCUCCGAGCAAUCAAAGAUCGACGACGAUGGUCUGACAUUGCUGGGCUUCGUCGGCUUGAAAGAUCCGUGCCGGCCAGAGGUCAAGGCCGCCAUUGAAGCUUGCACCAAGGCAGGCGUCGCCGUCAAGAUGGUCACGGGCGACAACAUCCUCACGGCCCGCGCGAUCGCCAAGGAGUGCGGAAUCAUAUCCAGCAACGACCCCAGCGGCAUCGUCAUCGAGGGGCACGAGUUCCGCGCCAUGUCGCCGGAGCAGCAGCUGGAGAUCGUGGACAGGAUCCGCGUCAUGGCGCGGUCCCUGCCGCUGGACAAGCUGGCGCUGGUGCAGCGGCUGAAGCAGAAGGGGCACGUGGUGGCCGUGACCGGCGACGGCACCAACGACGCGCCGGCGCUCAAGGAGGCGGACGUGGGGCUGUCCAUGGGCGUCCAGGGCACCGAGGUGGCCAAGGAGAGCUCCGACAUCAUCAUCCUCAAUGACAACUUCGACACGGUGGUGACGGCCACGCGGUGGGGGCGCUGCGUCUACAACAACAUCCAGAAGUUCAUCCAGUUCCAGCUCACCGUCAAUGUGGCGGCGCUCGUCAUCAACUUCGUGUCCGCCAUCACCACGGGCAAGAUGCCGCUCACCACCGUGCAGCUCCUGUGGGUGAACCUGAUCAUGGACACCAUGGGCGCUCUCGCUCUCGCCACGGACACGCCCACCAAGGCGCUCAUGGACCGGCCGCCCAUCGGCCGCACGGCGCCGCUUAUCAGCAACGCAAUGUGGCGCAACCUCGCCGCGCAGGCGGCGUUCCAGAUCGCCGUGCUGCUGGCGCUCCAGUACCCGGGGCGGGACGUGUUCGGCACCGACGAGAAGGGCAACGGCACCAUGAUCUUCAACGCCUUCGUGCUCUGCCAGGUGUUCAACGAGUUCAACGCGCGGGAGAUCGAGAAGAAGAACGUGUUCGCCGGGGUGCUCAAGAACAGGAUGUUCCUGGUCAUCAUCGCCGUCACGCUCGCGCUGCAGGUGGUCAUGGUGGAGGUGCUCACCAGGUUCGCCGGCACCAAGAGGCUGGGGCUGGGGCAGUGGGGCGUCUGCCUCGCCAUCGCCGCCGUGUCGUGGCCCAUCGGCUGGGCCGUCAAGUUCAUCCCCGUGCCGGACCGGACUCUCCAUGACAUCCUCACACGCCGGAAAUCCUCAUGAUGCAUUCAUUCAUACCGCACCGCAGUGUUCAUAUUUCACAAUUCAUAUAGCUUAGGUGAUUCUUUCAUACAUUUGUUUAGUAUACAGUAACUAUUUGUCGAACUGCAGUUUUCAUAUUUCACAUAGCUUAGGCAAUUCUUUCAUACUGUACAUUGUUACUCUUAUUUGUCGAAUCUAAUACAAACAUAUUUCUUCUGUU